CAAAUCUACAAUUUUCACUGAUUUUCACUUGAUAGCAUUUUGCUUUAAAAUUUUUGAAAGGAGGAAAAAGAAGAUAGCGUCUUGUUACAUCUUGCUUGAUUUUAUUCAACGUGCCGUGACUGGGAAAAGAAUACAGAUCAAUCAAUACUCUGGAUUUACAUUUAUACGGGAGAGCCACAUUUUUGUAGAAUGCAAAAUCGCCGCAAAACGUUUGGCUCGUCACGUAUCUUUAUUCCCACGGCGCCCUGAUGAUCGAAUGUGACGGCAAGCUUCUCCGAUUCGGAAUGUCGUUGUGAACAAAGCUUGUCCAUAAGGUUUCACAAAAUAGAUUCAAGACCCCGAAGACUGAUGCCACACACUCGCUGAUUGCCGAGAUCUCUCGAUGUUGAUUUGAUCGACUCAACAACGUCUCUUCCACAUUUAAAAUGGAGUCAAAUGGUAAAGUUCCUUUGCCAUUAGAACCUAUAAAAGCAAAUCAGGUUGAAGACAGACGCCUAUGGGUGGGCAAUUUAGAUUUAAGAAUUAAUGAGUAAACAAAAAAAACUAAUGCUCUUUUUGUCAACCGGUACCAACUCCUGAAACUUGUCCAAAAAUACGGCACAAUCGAAAAGUUCGACCUGCUGUUUCAUCGAUCAGGACCUCAAGCUGGUCAACCAAGAGGAUAUGCAUUUGUUACUUACAAAACAAUUCAAGAUGCCGUAAGGGCGAAAGAUGCUUUACAUAACUUAAAAGUCGGAGCUAAGAAUAUUAUCGUCAGAUGGGCACACAAUGUCACCGAGUUGGACAUGGAUAAACCAAAACCAAAAAUUGAUAUUCCUGCCUUGGCUGGUGCAAAGAAAGAAGAUAAAAAGAUUAGUCGUGAAACAGCAAUUCAAGCGAUUGAAGCAAAACUUAAGUUGAUGAAAGAAUCGGAAGAGGAGUUUGAGUUGAAUAAACCAUUGGAAGGAUCGCCAAUUAUACACCUCUAUCAAAAAGCGGAAAAUCAAAAACCGUCCACCUCUACACGUUAUCAUAGUCGUGGAAGCCACUACCAUCACAACAAGCCAUACAGCCGUCACAAGUCAAGAAGAUAAUUCAUGUACAUUUCAUCUGUAUUUUUAUCCUAUU